GAUGUGAGGAAGAUGGAUAACGGGAUGGAAUCAGGAAGGAGACUUGUGGGAAAAUACAACAGUCUCCAGGUGGAAGCAAAAUCUGGGGGUCAAAUGGUACCAGAGAGGCACUGCAGAAGAGAAAGGGACGCAAAACAGAAGAAAAGGAAGGAAUUAGUGGCCGGUCAUAGCAGAAAUAAUCCUGAGGUCUCAGCCGAAGAUGAAACACGGAAGCGAAAGAGAAGGCCUAAUGGUGUUAUGUACCAGAAAGGGUUCAGCUACAAAUCCAGUGUUAAAACAUAUCAGAAUGUCACAACAUGCUGGAAAAGGUAUAAAUGUGUGAAAUGUGGAAAGUGCUUCCAUUGGAAUAGUGCAAGAAGUUGGCAUCAAAGGAUUCACACAAGGGAAAAGCCAUAUAAAUUCUUCUCUCGCAGUAGCUACCUUAGGUUGCAUCAAAAGAUUCAUAAUGGGGAGAACCCAAAUAAAUGCUUGGAAUGUGGAAAGAGCUUCUUUUCUAAUGCCAACCUAACUGAACAUCAAAGGAUUCACACAGGGGAAAAGCCAUAUAUAUGCUUAGAGUGUGGAAAGAGCUUCUCUGAUAAUGGCAGCCUAACUAAACAUCGAAGGAUUCACACAGGAGAAAAGCCAUACAAAUGCUUGGAGUGUGGAAAGUGCUUCUCUGAGAGUGGCAGCCUAACUAAACAUCAAAGGUUUCACACCGGGGAGAAGCCAUGUAAAUGCUUGGAGUGUGGAAAGUGCUUCUCUCGGAAUCACCACCUAACUUCACAUCAAAGGAUUCAUACAGGGAAGAAGCCAUUUAAAUGUUUGGAGUGUGGAAAGUCCUUCUCUCAGAAUGCAAACCUAACUAAACAUCAAAAGAUUCACACUGGUGAGAAGCCAUAUAAAUGCUUGAAGUGUGGGAAAUGCUUUNNNNAGAAUAGAAAACUAAAAUUACAUCAAAGGUUUCAUACAGGGGAGAAGCUAUAUAAAUGCUUGGAGUGUGGAAAGUGUUUCUCUCAGAGUUGUGAACUAAGGAUACAUCAAAGGAUUCACACUGGAGAGAAGCCAUAUGAAUGCUUGGAAUUUCUCCGCCGCAUGGAGCACGACGAGGGGCCCGUCCUGGAGGUUCUUGGAGCCGGGGCGCAGCAGCAGCAGGGGCGCAACCCGCCUUUGUCGGCCCCUUUCGCGCCCCCCACAUGGCUGGGAGCAGCAAUGGCUGAUGAAAGGGUGACCAUUAAGAGGGUACCCAAGAUGAUCAAGUCUGGUCAUACUUGA